AUGGAUGAAUGUUGCCCACAAAGACACGGAAUGCGCAGACCUGUCGGCGCCCAUGUGGUGUUGACGCUUCUACUUGCCCUAGUUGUACUUUGCGCCGGUUCGGCUUCUGCGCUGAUCCCAUAUACGCCGUCACAGCUUCUCUACAGCCUCGACCAUAAUGGUUCUUUUGCAUACCUGUUGCACUCUACGGGGUCUAGUCAGAAUGCCACCACGGAGCUCCUGUCACUGAACGUGUCGGGAGUCGUUAAUACUGCGGAUCCGCGUUACUCGACUCUGACCAGCCCAUUACCUUUCCAUGACCAUGGGAAUGCUUCGGCCUAUAUUCCCGUCCUUGACACAUCUGGGGUUCUCAAGGUAGUCGCGGGCGAUUGCCGGGCAACCUUGGACCAAGGCGCACUGUGGCAGUUUACACCGAAGACGAACGACUCCAUCGGCAAUGGCACGUGGGAGCAGCUGACAGUGGAUAUCUCCAGCAUCCAGUCCAGCGCCGUUGAUGAUGGACCUAACUUCCUCUCGGCGGGUUUCGCAUACGCGUCCACCAAUACAUCCGACAGUUCUGUGUACACAUUUGGUGGCAUGUGCCCGUUCACGAAGACCAAAAAUCAGGCCUGGAUGGCCGCUGCCAAUUAUUCUCAGACCAUGCUUGUGCUCGAUCCUCAUAUCUCCGGCGACUCCGUGUUCUACGACGCCUCCACGACAGGCAAUCGAGCUCCUCCCAUUGCGGAGGCCGGAUUUACGAUCACACCUUUGCAGGCGACCUCUGCGUACUUAUCCAAUGGCGAGUCGCGCAAGCAGCAAGACUUUCUCUUUAUCGGAGGUCAAACCCGGGAUGCCUUCAUCAAUAUGUCGCAGCUUGCGGUGUUUUCUCUUCCGCAACAUAGCUGGAGCUUUGUUAAUGUGAUGACUGCACCCACCACUUUUAAAACAGAACUCGCCGUCCGAGAAUUCAAUUUCGUCGAACCGAGAUCUGGGCAUACAGCAGUGUUGUCUCCGGACGGUAGCAAAGUCAUAGUCUACGGAGGCUGGGUGGGGAACACGAGCGUGGCGGCGCAACCGCAGCUAGCGAUCCUAGAGAUUGGGGCAGAUUAUGAGGAAUGGACCUGGAAGAUCCCAUCGACGAAGGGACCUGGAAACACAGCGGCGGCGGGGAUAUAUGGACAUGGUGCCACAAUGCUCCCUGGCGGAGUGAUGAUGAUCGCAGGGGGACAUAGCAUUCCGCAGCCUUCUUCCAAACGCUCCCUCACUGGUUCCACAGAUACCUCGCAGAUUUACCUGUACAAUGUCACUGCGGGAGAAUGGGCAUCCUCCUACGAAAAUCCUUACUCGCGAGUAGCCAGCACAUCUGCAUCUGGCUCCUCAGAUUCACGCAAGAAGACUGGACUCGGCGUCGGUCUCGGCUUGGGAAUUCCUGUGGUGAUAGGCCUUGCGGUGUUCCUUUUCUUCUACAGCCGCAGGCGCUACAAGCGCCGUUCUCGGGAUCAAGAACUGCGCAACCUGGCACUGGGAGCAGAAAGAGCUCACUUUUGGGGAGGUGAGGAGCCAUUUAUGGCGAGCAGCAUGCGCAGGCCGUGUUCCGGAGAGAUGGAAGAGAAUACGGACUGGAAAAGUAAACGUGGAUCUGGGCAAUCGUCUAUCUGGCACGACAAGGGAGGAGGAGAAACACUCGCAGAAAGCGCUGGUCUGCUCGGAGAAUCAUCAAGUCCCACUAAAACUAAUCCGUCUGGUCUAAAUGCGAGAAUGUACCGGCCCCCAACCCAGUACAGCGAGUUUCGCAGAGGCGACGCCACAUGCGAGAUCCAUCCAAUUGAUGAGCGCGAAGAAGACGAGGCAAAGAACGCCGGAACGAUCAUCACGCAGGAAACAUAUGACCAUCCGAGAAGGCCAGCAUUUCUGCCACCCCUGGGUGCCAACAUCGGCUACUCUGCUGUCCCUCUCGUACCUCUCGAAAUCAUUGCCGGAGUCGGCCUCGAGCAAGAAGGGGGCACUGCCUCUUCCGAAAAAGACGAGCGGACUUCAUCCAAUCUGUCCGAUUCAUCCACCACGUCUGCAAGGUCCAUCUUCCAAGCCCGCGCUCUCCAUCUCCCAUAUAUCUCCACCUCUAGCCAGCCGGUUAGCGGCCGCCAAUUAAUUCUGAAGCCCACCGGAGCAGAAUCUACCCACAGCAGCAGCGGCGCCAGCAGUGACAACAGCAGCAGAGAUGGCCCUCGCAGCCGGCCGAACAGUAUGGCGCUUUCAUUUGUCGAGCACAGCUACACCUCCGAUUCCUACUCAACCGCACAGACUUCCAUCUCCCAACGCCAAUCCGAAGGCGAACAUCUCCUCCCACAUCAGCCACCCCAAGGACUUGAAGAGUCCGUCUCUCCCCUUACUCAAGCGCUCGAGCUUUUCCCGAUGCCUGGCAGCAAACCCACCGCAUUCCCCGCUGCAAUCAAGCCUAGAACCUCUGAAUGGAUCGGCAGUAACGUCCGCCGCGUCCUCUCCCUCACCCGGCGCCGACCACCCACAGCAAAUUACAUUGAACCCGCCAAUGCUUUCACCUCAAUUGCCUCCGGAAUUGACAUUAAUCUGGAUAGACGAAGCACAGUCGUGGGCAACGGUAGCAGCCGCCCUUCCCACGCAUCCUCCUUCGCCUCCGGAUACAGGAAUACACGGACCCCGCGUCGCUCUGUUAGCGCUUCUGCCGAGCUCUUCCGUCGCAAGCAAGGGGCCAGGGACUGGGGAGCCGGGAAUAAGGGCUCGGUAACCCAACCCCCCUGGCGUGAUGACUCCGGUAUCGAGGAUGAUGGCGACGAGGAUUGGGAUGUCGAGGGUGCAGCGGAGGGCCGACGAGUUCAGGUGACCUUCACGGUGCCGAAGGAGAAGUUGCGGGUCGUGAACGCUACGGCGGGGGAGUUGGAUGGGCUCUCGGAGAGGUCCGUGAGCGAGCGAAUUGAAGAUGAUGAACAUCGUUGA